CAGUAGAUGGCGCGAAAUCUGUAGGGGAUUGAAAUGGCGUCGAGGUAGAAACACUUCACGAAUUUUAUGGAUUUUUACAUUCUCUUAGAGUGGCAGAAUUAAUUAAAAAUGAAGAAGGCAAUAGGCACAGUAGCCAAUGGGAUGGACAACGCUGCAGACAAAACAAAACACACCUGCGUUCUUUGCAACACAGUUCUUCCGACAAAAGAGGAACUCCAGGUCCACUUCAGAAAACACGCCAAUAAAGAAAUCGACUAUCGAGGACAGCCGAUGAACAAAAGGUUCAUCGUGAAGCCAAAUCCUGAAAUUAAACCAAGCAAACUUCCUGCACUCCCUAAACCUGCACCUUCUGCAAUUCCAGUCAAAAAUGAUCCACCUAAAAAGACUCCAGUAAUCAUAAAGUCAUCUACUGUUUAUGGUACCAAGCUGAAGCAAGUGAGGUUGAUCCAUCAACCUGAAGUCAAUCUAAAGGAUCCUUUGGCUGACAAGGAACCUCCAGUUCCUGUUGAUAAAAAAGUGCCGAAGGCUAUAGAAUGUGAUGUGUGUCACAUGCAGUUUGACACGGUUACUGUUGCCAUCCAGCACAAGUUCCGCAAACACCCGAACUCCAGCCUAAAGUAUUACUGCAAAUUUUGUGGGAUGCAAUUUCCAUUAAAAUACAACCAAGAAGCCCACCUUGAGAAAGAGCAUAUUGGAGCCAUUGAUAAAGGAGAAUACCCAUGUGAUGAUUGCAAAGUUACCUUCAAAACUCCUGAAGCCCAUGCUUAUCAUAUUAAAUCAACACAUAAAAGGAUUGUGGCAUUUUUCAAGCCAAUAGUAACCCCACCGCCAAGUAAGAAAAUCAAAGUGAACAAUGCCAGGGAGGCUCAAAGUGUCUACUAUUGUCAUCUCUGUGGCUUUGAAUAUAUUGUCAAAUUCAACCUUCAAAAACACCUGGAGCGUCAACACACUGCCGAGGAACGAGACAGCAUGCCAACAUCCAUGAUGAAGUGCACAACGUGUGAUGCGUUGUUCUACAACAAGAAAGCUUAUGAUAACCAUAACAUGUACCACCGUCCAGAUGACCUCUAUGUCACAAGUGAAGAACAACGACUGCAGACAGUAUCUAGAGUUGACCAAGACUUUGACAUCCGCCGAGUAAUCCAGCCUGUCGACAAGUACAUGGCUAAAGUUCGAGCAUUCAAGAGGUCGGGAAGACCCCGAGAAGUCAGAAAGCAGCCCUCAUUUUCAAGUCUCAGCGAUUCAGAGCUUUCUCCAGCCUCAACCCCACCAACUUCUGAUUCCGAGGAUGAACCGGAGUUGGGAAAGUCCAACAGUAGGAGUUCCGAAGCAACAGACGAGCAGAGGAGUGCAGAAAUUGCUCUUCCUGAAAAUGGAGUGAUUGAAAUUAAAGAAAAAGAUCUUGAGCUGCCGAAAAGCAAAAGCCCUUCUCCACAACCAGUCACUAAAAAGGCCAAGCUGAAAUCACAGGCUGAACCUAUACAUCAGAACACUGUGCGAGUAACUAGAAGCAAAACCAGGAGUUAAAAUUUGUGAAUUAUUUGCCUCGGUGUUUUAAAUGCGAUAAUGUUACAAAAUUAUAGAAUUGUGUGCCAUUGCAAUUAACCAAACAGAAACUACUGGUGCCACUAUAAAUUUAAGUGCUGUUAAAAAAAUUAUAAACUUGAAAUGUUUUCCCGUUUCAACCUCUUUCCAACGUUCCUUAAUUCAUUGCACUUUGUAGAAUACUCGGACCUUAUUCCAUUGAUGUGCUUGAGUCGCCCCAUAUGCGUGCAUACAUAAUAUGAAUAAGUAAAGUACUAAGUACUAGUGUUUGAAAAAUUAUCCACUUAAUAAUAGAGUGAUAGAAUAUAGAUGUCAUUUAAAAUAUCAGUCAGUUUCAAACCAGUCAUGCAUUUAAAUAUGGGGAAGAGUUUUACACAAUGAAAAAUCCAAAAAUCAAUAGAAAAUGUAUGAUGUAGAAAAUGUAUUAUUGUGUAUUGCCCUUUGUGAGGGUUUCCCUUUUGACCCUGUGUAUAAUGAGAUGAAUAAAUUCGAGAUUGCAAACACUAAAUUACCGAAUU